AUGAGACGUCGACGGGCGCUUGUGGGGGAGGGGGAGGGCGAGAGCCUCCCGGGAGACAUGGGAGGAACGAAGAGCCAUGUUCGGAUGACUGAUGCGCGGGCGCUAGUCAAGGUCCUGCAGCUCAGCGAUGGAACGAGAAUUGAGGCGCAGAGGACGAGGACGCGCUUCCUGAAACGCGGCGGUUGGAGGCUGAUUCGAGGCGACGGCAAGCGGUUCGUCGCCUGUCUUACUCUUUUGCUUGUCGUGUAG